AUGUUCAGCCGGGGUUGCGGGGUAAGCACAAUGACGCACCGCGACCUCGGCCCAGAGCAGGAGAAGGAACAGGGGGCACCGAAAGCACCUACUCAAGAGAGGAGCAGACUUUUUAAGGAUCUAACAACAUCACAAGCAGAGGAAGAUGCGUACGAUUAUGUCAAACAAAGAAAAAAUAUUAAAUCCACCAGUUUAAUUGGUUCCAUUGCACAUAUUGUAAAAGGAGCUUUAGGAGGAGGAAUCCUCAGUUGUCAUGUUGGCUACAUGAAGGGUGGAAUAAUGGUAGCUAUUCCCCUUAACUUCCUGUUCGGCUUUUAUAUGGGGUACUGUCUUCACCUACUCGUUCAAUCUACAAUAAUUAUUUACAAACGGACCAGGAUACCGGUUAUGUCAUAUGCUGAUGUAGGAGAAGCUUCCUUGAUGAUGUGCACGAAUCCAAGCUUGUCCAGGUUUUCAAGAGUGUUUAGGUACAUGAUCGACGUCAUUAUAAUGAUAGAUCUCUUUGGUUCUUGCUGUUGCUAUCAAAUUAUUAUAGCAAAGUCUGUGAAGCAGCUAGUUGAAAAUACUCCAGAAGCUAAAUUUGAAGGAGAGUAUCCCGGUUACCCGAGUCUUCGGGUUUAUCUAGCUAUAAUGAUACCUUUCGUCAUACUCAUUUGUUUGAUAAGACAUCUGAAGUAUUUGGCGCCAUUCUCAAUAGUUGCCAACGUUCUGGUCGCGUUUUGCAUUGUAAUGGUGGUGUAUUACGCAUUUCUGUAUAACCCAACGCUACAAGGAAUGGAAGCCACGACAACGAUUUAUGGAAUGUUGGAAUUCGUGGGAAUUGCAGUAUUCAGUAUGUCAUGCUCUGGCGUGGUAAUCCCAAUAGAAAACAAUAUGGCGGAACCGAAAAAGUUUCCUUAUGCACUCACUGUUGGUAUGGCUUUAAUUAUGGUGUGCACAAUGUGUCAAGGGAUAUUCGGGUAUGCUGCGUUUUUGGAAAAAUCUGUGUCACCUGUUACGAUAAAUAUGCCGUUGACAAUAGUGCCGAAGAUACUGAAGGGGGGCAUUGCGGCGAUGAUUUACGUGACCCAUGCUUUGAACUUUUGGGUGCCAUUCGAUCUGGCGUUCUACUAUCUAAAGAAGCGUCAUCCUCCAGAAAAAGCCGUUUUUUGGGAACUUGUAUACCGUGCACUGUUUGUGACUAUCAUUGGAUGUAUUGCGAUUGUAUUCCCGGACAUAAAUGCUCUGAUGGGUUUCCUGGGAGUGUUCUGUAUUACCAACAUGGCGUUCAUCUGGCCUAAUGUUGUCACUUUACUGGUAAUCUGGGAAAGGCCAGGACUUGGUCAUAUGAGAUGGAAGCUAUGGAGAGGGGUUUUUCUUUUAGUAAUUGGGUUAUUCAUAUUUUUCUGUGGAAGUCUGGUAGCUAUAAUGGAACUGGGUAGCGUAUUUUAUAGGAUCAAUAUAGCUAACGAGGCAGACUAAUUG